AUGACGGAGCUGGACCUCCUCAACAUUCAGCGUGACCUAAGUGAUGAAGAAUUUAAGGACUUCAAAUGGUCCCUGAAGUAUGAAAAGUUGGGCAACAUCCCCCCCAUCCAAAAUAGCCGGCUGUCGAAUGCAGAGAGGCGGGACGUGGUGGAUCUGAUGGUGCAGAAUUAUGAAUUUGCUGGAGCUGUGGAAGUCAUCAAGAGUGUUUUAAAGAAGAUCAAGAGGAAUGAUCUGGUGAUGAAGUUAUCAACCAUCAUCCCAGGAGCAGAAGAUCCUGAUUUGAGAAUGGUGCUGAUUGGAAGAACUGGUGUGGGCAAGAGUGCUGUUGGAAACACCAUCCUGGGAGAGAAUCGCUUCAAAUCGUGUGCUACCUCUGAGUCAGUGACUGAAUCGUGUGAAAAAGGGGAAACACGCUGGGCUAACAGAGUGGUUACUGUGGUAGACACACCAGGGGUCUUGCACACUUCAAAAUCCCCAGAGCUCAUCAAAGAAGAAAUUGUGAGAUGUGUCAAAGUCUCAUGUCCUGGUCCUCAUGUGUUCCCGCUGGUCAUCCAAGCUGGUCGAUUCACCAGGGAAGAGAAAAACUCAGUGGAAGCCCUGCAAGAGCUGUUUGGUCCAAAAGCAAACCAGUUCAUGAUGGUGCUGUUUACCCAUGGUGAUCACCUCCCAGGCAUGACCAUACAAGAGUAUGUACGUGAGAGCAGCCCAGACCUCCGACGAGUCAUCCAGAGCUGUGGAAACAGGUUCCACGUCUUUGACAACACCAGAAGAGACAGAAACCAAGUGGUGGAGCUGAUCAAGAAGAUCGAUGACAUGGUUGCUGGAAACGGAGGAACAUACUACACAGAUGAAAUGUAUGAAGAAGCCCAGGCCGCUGCAAAAAACUAA